AUGAGUCGGAUCACUAUUAUCCACUGCAGAGGGAUAACGUUAGGUAACUUAGAUGGCUAAAAUGCCACAGACGUUGAUGCUGAUGCGAACGCAAACACGUUAGUGAUCAGUAUGAAUUAGUUAGCUGGCGUAGGUAACACUUGUGCAUGUCGCGUUCUCUAGCUAGGUAGCAAGCUGUCUUGGGUUUUAGGUUGUUGCUUGGUGCAGUGAGAUGACUAAACUAUCACACCAGAUACCAUGCCUGUCUGUUGCAGCCAAACCCGUCGGUUGUGUGAAGUGUCGGAUGGGGUUAUUGACCAGUUUUAGCCCGGCUAACCCCUCCUUGCUGCUUUAUCGGCCUGUCUGUUUGGUCAUUAGGGCCCAUAAACUGUCCGUAACAUAUGUGUCGCCUAAUUACAUUGUUUCUGCAGAGGAACCGCUGACCAAAGCUGCCAAAAAGCCUCCUUCCGUUUAGGAUGAGAAGAGCACAGGUGCAGCGUUCAGGGCUGUGAGCUCAGUGACUCUCUCUGUGGGCUCAGGAUGGCGCAGGGAGGCCCUCAGUUAGACUAUCACAUCCUGCAGGACCUCAAGCAGCGCUUCCCCGAGAUCCCAGAGGGAGUAGUGUCCCAGUGCCUUCUGCAGAACAACAAUAACCUGGAUAUAUGCUGUCACCUGCUGGCUCAGGAGAGUAACAGAUACCUCUAUGGGGAGUACCAAAGUCCGGAGGAGGCCCGUCUGAGCCGGAACCACAUGCUGCACAUCCAGCUAGGGGGCUACCCCCCCUCGGAGGCGGGCAAGGACAAUGGAGGCGGGCGCUCCCUGGUGCACAGCUCCAGUGACGGUUACAUCGAGCCCCAGCACGUCAGCUUCACGGAACCCCUCUCGGCCCCCGCCACCAUAGCCCCCUCGCUGGGGUACAACCCCUUCUUCAUGAAUGACCACGGGGGGCGCAUGGCCAGCACCCCCACUCCGCCUCCCGUGCAGGGAAUGUCCCCUACCUACUCGCCUGUUCCUCGCUACACCAUGAACCCUAUCACUGUCACUCUGUCUCAGAACCUGCCCAACGCCCCCCAGGCCCUGCAGAUCCCUGCCGGUCACUAUGGCAACAGUGGCGGUAAUGCCCUCUACAUCCGGCCCUCCCCCUCCCAGAGCCCGCAGCCCUCCCCCUGGCCCUCGUCCGGGCAGCCUGUGUAUCAGCCCUCGCCCUACACCACUCCCACCUACCAGUCCCCGUAUAGCUCGCCCCAGCACCAGCCCCAACAGCAGGUGCAGCCCCAACAGCAGGUGCAGCCCCAACAGCAGGUGCAGCCCCAACAGCAGGUGCAGCCCCAACAGCAGGUGCAGCCCCAACAGCAGGUGCAGCCCCAACAGCAGGUGCAGCCCCAACAGCAGGUGCAGCACCAACAGCAGGUGCAGCACCAACAGCAGGUGCAGCACCAACAGCAGGUGCAGCACCAACAGCAGGUGCAGCACCAACCCCAGCACCAGCAGACCCAUGUCUUCCUGCCCAUCAGCCCUCCCACCUUGGCCAGCAUGCCCUACCAUCACCAGCAACAACAGCAGCAGCAGCAGCCCAUCUACCGGCCGUACCUACCCAAGAGCUCCCUGAAGAACCAGAUUGAGAUCACCCUGGAGGGCCCGCGGCCCCACAGCAACUCCCCCGUGCACUGCCCCCCGGGACAGACUCUCUACAUGGCUACCAGCCCCUCUCCCAGCUCACCCCAGCGGGGCCUCAGCCUGAGCGGGGGGAGCUCUGCCACCUUCCACCCCGGGGUAUACCUGCACCAGAGCCCCGCGCGGCCCCGGCCCGCUUCCUCACCCCAGCCAGGCAGCCAGGCGGGCUACACCUUUAAGAUCAAAGUGUCCCCAGGCCAGGCCCAGCAGCAGAGGCCGCUCUCAGGUUCCCCUCCAGUGGCUUCCUCUCCUGAAUCUCUGCUCAACAUGGUGGACCAGGGGGAGCAUCACGCGCUGGCCCCGGCACCCAUCCUGCCCAUCUCAGCCCUGCCCGGUAACAUCGUCAGCCACAUCGCCAACCGCAUGCCUCGCCGCUCCAGCUCGGGCUCCGACGACUACGCUUACACUCAGGCUCUCCUGCUGCACCAGAGGGCCCGGAUGGAGCGUCUGCUGAAGGAGCUGCUGAUGGAGAGGCAGAAGCUGGAGCAGCUGAAGGCAGACGUCAACGACAUGGAGUACGACGCCCUCCAGAGACGCUUCAGGCGAGUCAACAGCACCAGCCUCAUCCCCCGGCCUGAAGAGAUGACCCGGUUGCGCAGUCUGAACAGACAGCUACAGAUUGAUGUCGACUGUACCCUGAAGGAGACGGAUCUUCUGCAGUCUCUAGGGAAGUUUGAUCCACAAGCCGAGAACAACUUUUAUAAGAACAUUCAGACCGGUCCGGUGGUACCGCCCAAGCCAGGAAGAAAAGAGGGGGAGCGGAACCCCAAGCCUGCUGUCGCGGGGCCCCAGAGGGACGAGGACUUUGAGGGAGCCCAGUGGAGCUGUGAAGAAUGCACCUUCCUCAACCACCCUGCACUCAACCGCUGUGAACAGUGCGAAAUGCCGCGCUACACCUGAACCGUUCCGGACAGUAGUCCCCCCUCCUUACUUCCUUUUCCUGUAAACUCCUCUGCCCAUGUUCUUGUGUAAUGACCAUCCUUCCCUGUCAAUCUAUAUAUAAGCCCCUCCUACCUGUUUAUGGAAGAGACACCCCCUCACCCCCCCUCCUUUUGUCUCUUUAGAGGAACUCACCCAUGCACUUUGAACCUUGUCUCCAUUGGUGAAAAACAUUUUCCCAGGAUGAGGACAGCAGGAGACUAUUCCCAUGGCAACCCAAAAGGGAGGGACUAGCUGUGUGGACAGUGGCAGUGGCUACAGAACAGCCAAUGAAGCGUUGUUUUUAGAAAACUGAGGAGGCGGCGUGGUUUAUCCGGUGAACAUUCCGUUACAGAAUGAAUGAGAUUGUCCUGUUUACACGACUGAGCCCAUUCCCAAACCCUACCGACGGGCGGACGUUCUUUCCCUUACAAAAUGACCAGGGCUGCACUCUCUGGCAGUGGGACAAUGCAAUUGCAUAAAGAAAGGGUCUGAUGAACUAAUCCUAAUGUAGAUUAUACACUGUAUCAGCUCUGUACCAAGAGCUCCUUCUUUCAUCGAAUGAAGAACACUAAAGAGGCUUGCAUAUGAAUAUAUUCCUGGUACUUUUAUGCAUAUUAUGCCCACACUGUAUUCCAUGUUUAAAAAAAAAAAAGAUUUCCCCGUGCAAAUGCCUCAAGUUGCUGUACUUAAUAAAGGAGCUGAUUCUAUGUGA